AAAUCUGAAAUAUGGAGGGAUGCACAGGGUUGCAAAAUCUUAAAGCCUAAGCACCUAUACAAAGUGCAUUUACAUUAGCAUAUUAUUGUGAUAUGGCAUGGCUUGUUGAUUGACACAAAAAGCCAAAAACAAAGAAGACCUACAAAGUACAAGGAAGAUAAAGUAGUACUGCGGAAGUGAGGCUACGUGCAUUACAAGUCUUGAGUGCGAAGAUUUCUCACAGACUGUGGCAACCUGAACCUCUGGCUAAUGGGCAAAGACACCACUAAUUUAAUCUGUUAUCUCGCGCACGAAUACUGGACGAAAUAAUAGCAAGCUCAAUUUGAUUGUAGCCGACGGCUCAACUUUGGGCGUCCGUACUCAGUCCUCAGUGUAGGCUAGUCGGUCGCAGACUGUUCUGUCUGAAAGGAAAUCUGUGAUGAGAUGUUAAUAACAAGGGACAUCCAAUUCAACAAUCAAAUAACGGAAAAGUCAAUCUCCAAGUCACGUUUUUGAGGCAUUCUGUCAAGAAAUACUACUCCGGUGCCUAAUUGUAAGCGUUAUUGCUACACUCAAGAAACUCAAUGCAGUGAUUCUAAUAUAAGUGUCAUUGUCACUUUUACUUUCCUCCUGUAGGAGAUGCCAGUGAUUGAUACAUAAUCACGACUGGCGAUCUAAAUAGAAUUUGACAUUACUAUAUGCUGCGUGAAUGGAUUUAGCCUCUACUGAUUUGCUAACAGUGAAUUAUAGGCUAAAUUUUGCACGCUUAUAAGAAAGAUUACGAGAGUUCCGACAUUUCGUGAAGGUUGAGAAAAAUAAGAUUUCAGCGAAAGAUCUUGCAACAUGUCCACUGCGUGUAUGGGGAAUUGUUCGAAUCCUCGGAUAGUGUACGAUGUACUAAUUGAGGACCCUUGGGCACAAUGGAAUGCUGCCGUGAAUUAUUUCGAGUAUCAACCGUGGGUUUUCUCUUUAUUGGGUAGUGCAAUGGUUGGUCUUUCUGGCAUUCUCCCCCUGCUUAUCAUCCCCAUCGAUGAUGGUACCAAUUUGAAAAAUGGAGCAGGCGCUGGAACGCUAAAAUCACUUCUAAGUUUUGCCGUUGGAGGUUUAUUAGGGGACGUUUUCUUACACCUUUUACCAGAAGCCUGGGCCAGGAAAGCACUCUCAAAAGCUAAUGAUGACAACAGUCAUCCACCGAUGACCUGUGGACUCUGGGUAUUGGCAGGUUUUCUAAUCUUCAUUAUCGCUGAGAAGAUGUUCAUUAACGACAGCGAAAUUUGUCUUGAAGAAAAACAACAAGAAGAGAAAGGAAGAGAAGUUACCCAAAACUUCAAAUGGAAGGACGAUGACUUGUUGCAAAAAGGAUCAUUGAGAGAAUUUGAAAAUAACAAUUGUCUCAUAUCAUCAGAUGGUGACGAUUUCAUAAAGCAAUGCAAGCGAAAUAUAAACGUUAAGGAUUCUGUGAAAGGCCAAUCGGUAAUAGUAUUCAAAUAUAACUUGAAUAAAGGUUCUAACGUAUUUAGAGCUUCAACUAAAAAUGGAACUCUAGUAUAUCCUGAAGAAAACUUGGUAUCUAGUAUCCAGAAAAAGAAUGUUGUGCCUGCGAUGAAUGGUGUUUUGCAUAAUGGAUCUCACACCAAUGUUUUGGUACCGUCUGCUUCAGUAAGCACAAAUGAGUCCCUUAGGAAUGGUUUGAUCAAGUCAGUCACCAAAAAUGAGAAAAAAAAACGACGGACAGGUGAAGAGAGUGAUAAGCCUAAGCAUGUUUCUGGAUACUUGAAUCUUAUGGCAAACUGCAUUGAUAAUUUUACGCAUGGUUUGGCAGUCGGUGGUUCCUUCUUAAUUUCCUUUAGACUUGGUGCCCUUACGACAUUUGCUAUCCUUGUCCACGAAAUACCACACGAAGUUGGAGACUUCGCAAUUUUACUGCGAAGUGGCUUUAAUAGGUGGGAUGCUGCAAGAGCUCAAUUACUCACCGCAACUGGGGGAAUUUUUGGAGCUCUGGUGGCUGUCCUUUUCAGUGGAAGUGGAGUGGAAUCAAGAACGAGUUGGAUCCUUCCAUUCACAGCGGGUGGCUUUUUACACAUCGGAAUGGUGUCAGUUUUGCCAGAGUUGCUCAAAGAAACGAAUCCUAAAGAAUCUUUAAAACAAUUAGGUGCUCUACUCGCCGGCAUUACGAUUAUGGCGUUUUUGACUGUGUUUUUUGACUGAAGCAGUGUACAUAGUACUAAUACUUUUUUCUAUUAAGUUUUAUAAAAAGUAUCUCCCUUCACGAAUUGAAAAUUAAUAUAUUUUGACUAAUGCGAGAAACAAUAAACGUUACAAAAAUUACUCAUACAGUGUAGCAGAUCGCUAAAUUUAAAAAAAUUCACAUUAGAAAUUGCACCACGAAAGAAUUAUUCGUCUUGCACAUGGUCAGGUUACGUGACUCGCGUUCAAAAUAUCUCAUCCAGUCGCCACUAACGCUUCUGCAUGCACUAAGAGGUCCAGAUAGUAACUAUGGCUUGAAGUGUCGAGAAAGACCCCUUGAUUGUAAAUAUCCAGCGCAAUUUUCUGAAAAGUUGAUCGUUAAUACUAUUUAAACAAAUUUUUUUAAACUAACACAGUAUUAUUAUGAAAAGAAUCCUUAGAAUGUAUUUGAAAAUUUUAAAACUAUCCAAGAAUUUUGGCACUUUUCUCAAAGCCAUAGCGCUAUAAACAAUUAAGUUUGCACUCGAAUGGACAAUACUUGGAUUUUUUAUACUUUUGUAUAUAAGCAGAAUAUUUGGUUCAAUCUAUAUUUGUUUUCUCUGUAAAGUAACAUGUCUUAAAAAGCAAUUUGCGUUUUUUGUGAAAAUUUGUGGUCCGAUAGACGCUCAGAUAUCUACCUGCAAUUACGUACAUUUUAGUUUCUAUAACGCUAUAACUAAAAAGCGGUUAAUUGUACAAAACAGAGUAAAAGAAAAAAAAUCUAGAUAUUCAUUAUGAGGAACCAUUCUCGAUAUUUUAAACCAAUGUGUUAGUGGCGGGUGGAUUACAGAAUAUUCUACUUCAGCAAAAAAUGAGGUCUAUAAGAUAGCAUUGUCUUCAAUUAGUGGCAAUGUACAAAUUCUCGCCAGAACAACGAAAACCUAGAUGUCGAAAGGCAUAAAUUGUAUAGAUUAUUUCGUAAUCUAAAACAAAUCAGGUAUUUUCAAAUGUUUUAAAGAUCAAUUUAUUUUUACAUAAAAUGUAAAGAAAGGUCCCUGCAUAAAGGAAAAAUAUCCAUAUGUAUGAUACUAAUAUAAUAAAAUGACGAGAAACUCACUUCAAGAGUUUUUAAAUAGUGACGAAAAACUGCAGAAUAUAAUAUUUAUAUUCGCCUGAAGCAGAACAUGAUAAAAAUGUUGCGUUUAAACGAUAUCAUUUUUUUAAAUAUCGAAGUUUGAAAACUUUUAACUAGGAUAUUUUUUAUUGCGGAAAAUCAACUUUUCCAAAAAGAACUAGGACAUAACUUUGAAAAAUUAAUACUUCUUACGCAGAUCUUAUAGAAAUAACGUUAGUUAAACGAAAAAAAUUUCAAUUAAUAGUAGUAGUAAAGUAUUUCUUUUAUGUGUCGAAUCAAACUUUAUAUAAUACGUGCAAAGCUUGAAUCAAAUUAGAAGAUGAAUCGAAAUAUAUUCUAGAUCUUUUUUGAUUCUAACAAUGUUUUCAUAUGUUUACACACAAUACCUACUUUGUGUGAUAACACUUAAAUCAUCUGAACUGGUUUUUACUAAUCAGGCACUUAUAAAUAAUGAAGGUUAUAUAAAAUAACAGACAUUUUUGUUAUAACAGAUAUAAAUGUAAAAGCCAGUAUUGUCGCUUCCGGUGCUAAAAAUGAAAAAGACCAGCUAAAGAUACUGACAGUACUUCAUGCGACCUCCAUUUUGCUAUCCAAUCAUUUUAAAGAAAAAGGUUGAAUGUAAAAUAGGCGCGAAGCAUUGGUUGGGUAGCAAUUGUGAAUUAAUGUAUAUAGCCUACGUAUUUCUUGACUUCCAAAGUUGUGUAAAUAAGACACUUUGUUCAUCUUGACCCUUGACGUUAAACUAUAAAAUAAAAAUAUUGCAUGUUUCAGGGAUAAAAAAA